UUCUCUCUUCUACUGUCAGCGAUGGCGUCUGGUGAUCUGAGAGCUGAGCUGGAAUGUUCCGUCUGUCUGAACAUUUAUACAGAUCCUGUAAUGCUGAGAUGUGGUCACAACUUCUGCCGGGUCUGUAUUGAUCGUGUGCUGGAUACGCAGGGGGGGUCUGGAGGAUAUUCCUGUCCUGAAUGCAGAGAGAAGUUUCCGGAUCGUCCUGCACUGCACAGGAACAUAACACUACGUAACAUAGUGGAGAAUUUCCUGUCUGCUCAGCCAGAUCAGGAGGAGUCCGGGGUCUUCUGUACUUACUGUGUGGACUCUCCUGUACCCGCUGUUAGAUCCUGUCUGCUCUGUGAGGUUUUGCUGUGCGAUAAACACCUGAAAGUCCACAAAAAGUCCCCAGAACACAUCUUAUGUGACCCCACCUUGUCCAUGGAGAGCAGGAAAUGUUCUGUCCAUAAGAAGAUCCUGGAGUAUUACUGCACUGAGGAUGAUACCUGUAUCUGUAUGUCUUGUUUUAUGAUUGGAGGACGAAAAGGACAUAAGAUGGAGUCACUGGAUGAGGCUUCUGAGAAGAAGAAGGAGACACUGAGGAAUGUUCUGCAGAAACUUCUGACAGAGAGAGAGGAGACGGAGGAAAGAGUCCGGAGUCUGCAGGAACACAGGAGGAAAGUAGAAGAAGAAGCAGCUGGUGACACCGAGAGAGUCACUGUCCUGUUUAGAGAUCUCAGGAGACGUCUGGAAGAUCUGGAGAAGAGAGUCCUGAGGGAAAUCUCCGGGAGGGCAGAGCGGAUCUCCAUCUCCAUCCGGGAUCUGGAAAUAAAGAAGGAGGAGCUGUCCAGGAAGAUGCGUCACAUUGAGGAGCUGUGUAACAUGACGGAUCCACUGACUGUCUUACAGGAAUCAGACACAGGUGACUUGUGUGAUACUGAGGAUGGAGAUAAUGAGGACAGAGAGAGACAUGAGAAGCUCCUCCAUGAUGGAGGGGGUCUGGAUGUGGCUGGGAUAUCACACACAUUACACACAUUAUCUGAUAUAAUAACAGAGGUAAAUGUAGACUUCUAUAUACAGCGAGCUGCAGACAUAUUACUGGAUGUAAACACGGCUGGUAAUAAGCUGCAUAUAUCAGAUGACAGGAAAACUGCAUCCAAGUCAGAUAAAUACCAGAAGCGCCCAAAAACACCAGAGAGAUUUCAGUAUUAUUCUCAGGUGAUAAGCAGUCGGAGUUUCUCCUCAGGGAGACAUUACUGGGAUGUGGAUGUCGGGGGAUCAGAUAAAUGGAUAGUCGGGAUGUGUUACCCCAGUAUAGACAGGGAAGGAUGGUGGUCAGGAAUUGGAAAAAAUAACAAGUCCUGGGGGUUGUACAGGGCUGAUAAUCAUUUUGGGCUGAUACAUGAUGGUGAUGAGGUGCCCUUACCCCCCAAUAUCUCCAGUAACAGAGUCAGGAUAUAUCUGGAUUAUGAGGCCAGACAGAUCUCCUUUUAUGAUCUGUGUGACCCGAUCCGACACCUCCGCACCUUCACCACCACCUUCACUGAGCCCCUCCAUGCUGGGAUAUGGGUAGCGAGAGGAUGUAUAAAGAUGUGGGCGGGGGAAUCGGGAGAUGUGAGGACUCCUCCCAGAGACCGGUGA